GUAUAAAAUAUUUCCUUUUUAUUAACUUUCUAUUUCAAUGGCGGUUCUGGUUCUGGGCAAUUUUCAGAGAUGCUGCCAGUGGUGAAUAUCAAUUGAAAUUCGCUCUCUUCAACCAUGUCAUGGUCUAGGGUUUGUAAGAGAGCUCUCCCCCUCUCACCUUACCUCAACAGCUCCCGCCUUUUCACUCUCCACUCCAGAUGCAUACCCAAUUGUAAUUUCAAUGGAGGUGGAAGUAGCAUUAGUGCAUAUCAGAGGCAUUUCAGCCAUGGUGGUAAGAAUAUGUGGCGUCGCUUUGAGUUAAGCUCGUUCGACAAGUGUUGUAGUCAACUCUUACCAUUUAAUUCUCAGUCUCUGUUGAGAAGGAUCCAGAGACCCUAUUCUUCUCUGGCUGCCACGCAACGAAAAUCGCGCAAGAUGCUUUACUACUUGAUGGGUUUGGUUUUUGCAAUGGUGGCAGCCAGUUAUGCAGCUGUUCCUCUCUAUAGAAGAUUCUGCCAAGCUACAGGGUAUGGAGGCACUAUCCAACGCCGUGAGAGUGUUGAACAGAAGAUUGCUCGGCAUGCUAAGGAUGGCACAGUCACAAAUAGGGAGAUUGUGGUGCAGUUCAAUGCUGAUGUGGCUGAUGGAAUGCAAUGGAAGUUUAUUCCUACACAAAGAGAGGUAAGGGUCAGACCUGGAGAAAGUGCACUUGCUUUCUAUACUGCUGAAAAUCGAAGUUCAACUCCAAUAGUUGGUGUCUCCACAUAUAAUGUUACCCCUAUGAAGGCUGCAGUUUACUUCAAUAAAAUACAGUGCUUUUGCUUUGAGGAGCAGCGGCUUCUUCCAGGGGAGCAGAUUGACAUGCCUGUGUUCUUUUAUAUCGACCCUGAGUUUGAAACAGAUCCGAGAAUGGAUGGUAUCAAUAACAUAAUUUUGUCCUAUACAUUUUUCAAGGUUUCAGAGGAAUAAAGACGGUCUCAGUCUGCCGUCUGCCACUUCAAUAACCGCGAACAUGAUUCGCAUAAAGUUAUAGAAACGAUCAAACUCGAAAUGUUCGAGGAAGAAUAGGGCAAAAAAGAUCAUUAUAUAUCAGUAUUUGGUGUAUUCUUUUCCAUAUUUAAAUGCAGAUCAUGUUUCCUCAGCAGAUUUCAAUUUAUGACAUGAAAUUCCAUGACAUCGACCAAACGAGGACGGUUUAUUUGGAUGAAAAGAUUUAAAGGAAGAGGUCUUGGUUUACAUACCCUACAGUGAUUAUACAUUCAUUUGUUUCUUCUCACAUUUCAAA